UGCAAAGGUAAGGGAGAUUCUACAAUUUUCUUCUUAUUCUUUUGCCUCGAUUUUGUAGGUGGGGCUUGGGUUUGUCUCCCCCCUCCCCUGUCCAAGAUGGGGCUGAACCCCACCUCGGGGUGCUGCAGGGAGAGGCUUCCCAGGAAAUUCGGCGGUAGAGAGAAGGGUGGCUGCUUCCUGGAGGAGGAACGAAGGCAGGGAAGAUGGGAGGAGGACCCGAAAGGGGCCACAGAGGCGAGCUCUAAGUCGGCUUUUUAAGCCGGGAGGAGAGGCUCAAGCGAGGGGGCUGCCAAAGGGAGGAUGGGGGUGUUUGGGCUUCAGGGCACUCGAAGAAGCCGGUGGCUACAGCCUCUGUGGGUUUGUGCCUCCACCCCCUCCUCCCACCAUCCCUCCCUCGUUCUGGCCUCCCCCCCAAUUGCCCCUACGCUGUUCUCUUGCCCGGUUCGGGUGUCGGCAGUUUCCCGGCAGCAUUGGCACGAGGGGCGGUGGCGCGGAGGGCCGUCCUGGUCUCUGGAGGGCCUGGAAUCUCCGCAGAGGCCAUGGCGGGCAAGGAGGCGGCUAGAGAGAGACAGAAAGAACAAUUUACGGAGAAACACGCUCAUUCUCUCUCUUUGGAGACAUUUCUGAAAUUAAAGGGCUGUGAGUGGAGGCACCUAAAUGGAGGUACUCCCCUCCCCUCAGCCUGCCUGAGAAUGCCCAGGUCUCUGGCCACUCCCGGAGGAGGGAGCCUGGCUCUGCAGGGAGACCAUGUUGUGGUGUUCAACGCGGUAGGUUACAAUGUGCUGGUUUCUGUGCGACGCUGAUGCUAUUACUUGUGUUUUGUUGGUUUGGGGGGUGUGGGUUUCGGUGGAGGAGAAAAUUGCCAUUUGCAUAACUGAUGUUGAAACAUUUCAAACUUUCCUGGAUCUAAACCUGGUGAUUGUGAAGAAGCUGUUCCGUGUGUUGUUGUUUAAGGCUUGUAAAUUAAAAAAAAAAAAAAAGGGGGGGGAGAAGAAAAUAAAAAGAAAACGCAGUUAGGGGGCCUAAUGGUGUCCGGACUAGAGAGCUGCCUGGCGCUGAGCUCAGACAGCUAGUCCUGUCCCUCGGGCGCCAGAUUUCAUUCCCCAGCCAGGCCUUCUGGGGGUGAAGGGAAGCUUUGGGCCGGAGACGGAGAUUCCGAAAGUAGCUGGUGGGGGCGGAAGACGGUGCAAGCCUCUGGGUGUGGACUUAAAAUAGAGCGAGAGGGCUUCUGAGGAAGCUGCAAGCCAGGAGAUCAGCGACUCUGGAGAGAUUGGCUCAGUUUGGUUUGCACGAUUAGGCGAUGGUUCUCUCUUCCUACAGACCAGAGGCCGAGUGUGGAGCCUCAGGCCCCUGGUUGCCUAAGGAGGCUGUGUCCGGGGAUACUGGCCCUCUGGGUCCCGAGCUGGCAGAGAGGGACUCAGCCACUUGUGGCGCGGGAGGGGUCCCUGGAGGCCCAGGUGGAUGUCCUCCCAGCAGGCCGGAUUGGGGGGCUGGGGGGGGCACCCCGCGCUGCGCAUAGCCAGAGAAGGUCUCGGCUACCACCCACGGCACUUGGAGCCUAUUCUCAAAGGGAAAACCCCCCCAGACCCACCCGGACGGAAGGUCUUUUUCUCCUGUAGUCUCGGCGGGGUAUAAAUCAUCCCUUAGUUUGCUGUGAUCCAAAUUAUGCGGUUUGCUGCCAUCUACCGUCCGUUCGGAGACAUGCGGCUUCGGCGCCGCGAGCCCCGCGAUGCUGCCUGUACCGUGCCCGACGCCUGGAGCCCGGGCGCUGAGGUUUGGCGGGAUUCGGGGACUUCGGGCCCAGAUUGUCGCUUCCCGUCGGACCCCGGUUCCCCCCGCCCGAGUGUGGACUAGAGAACUAGUGUCCCCUCCCCCUCGCCCGCCCCAUCCUGGCUCCGAACCUUGCGGCUGGCCGGGGAAGCGGCGUUUUCUAGGGCAUAUUUAAAGGGACUGAUGCCGCCUUCCGCGGGCGGGGGGCCCUGAACCCGGGAGCCCCCCAUCCACCCACCGCGGGCGCUAGGGGGGAUCCUCCGGGCCUCUCGGGAGAUCCGAGGCCAAGGCUGUUCAAGGUUUAUUUGGUUUUCUUUUUGGCCAAGGGAGGGGCCCGCAGAGGAGGCGCCGGCCCGGCAGUUCCACUCGGUUGUCAAAAGACAACCGGGUCUGUGUUCUCCCGGUUGGCGGUGGGUCUUGCCAGCUCCUUGGCUGGCGAAUCGGUGAGGAAGGAAUUGAGCCAAAUUUUCUGGAAACGGUCGGUGUCUGCAAGUGAGUGGGGGCCCCCUCCCUCAUUCUCAAUCGUUUCAAGCGAAAUAAUCGACAAAGAUGCUUUGGGGGGAAAUUGGGGUACAGCUCAAUCACCGAGGAACCAAACCAUGGGGAUUUUCGUUCCUGCCGGACCCCUCACACCCGCCUUCCCAGAAGGGGUGGCGAGGGCGGGGGUCCGCGCCGCGGCCGCCGCGUUUGAAUAUUGGCCCCUGUCUCUCGGGUUACUGAUUAGCUCGGGCUUUCAAGCCCCAGGAGGAAGCCCUGGCCGUCCCUUUCAAGGUGCGGUGGCCCCGGCUCCUGGGCGGGGGCUCCAGGAAAUUGCCUGCGGUGCCGGGCAGGCCGAGGUGUUACUAGGGUCUGGCCUGGAGCUGGAGGGGCCCGGCGGGCUGAGGGCAAACGCCAGGGCUACCGCCCCCAGCGCCCUCGGCAGCCAGAGCGGUUUUCCUGCAGCUGGAAGGCCCGGCCCGGUGCGGGAGGCCCGAGGGAGCGCGCCCCGCCGGGAUCGGCCCCCCCCCCCAUCAGGCUUUUUCUUGUGGGUAAUCCAGAGGUCAGGUGGGGAGGAGAAGGUGGCUGGUACCGAGGGUGGAAACACUGCGGGGCUCCUAGAGCGCUGGCGGACCUGGGGGUGGGGGGAGCGGGAACUGGGCACCGCGGCCCUCCCCACCCCCAGAUCAGAGACAAGGUGGUUCAUUUGCAUAUGAAAAUGAGGUCCUGGCGCCGAGCUCUGGACCGGCCCGUGUGAAGGGCCUGUUCCGUCUAAACUGCUCGCAAAGGUUGGGAGCCAUCACGUUGCUUCCUCUGGGAACGUUUAUGCUUCCCAAACCCAGAGACUCACAGAAUUGGGUAGACCUGUUUCAACUUGCCACACCCCGGCCAGAGUUACAAGUGGGGUGUGGGGGAAGGUGUCCACAACCCAAAGAGCUGGGGGGGGGGCGCUUUGUAGCUGAGAGGAAAGGGGAAGCCUGGACAAUGUCUAAUCCCCGCUCCCCUCCCCUCCACACACAUACAGGAAGAUACCCCUCCCUGGUACAGAGAAUUUUCCUCCUGAGCUGAACACAACUGAGGCAUUUCCCUGGGAGCUGGAACGUGUGUGCGUCCACAGGGCUGCAGAUUCGAAGCACAGAAAACUACAAUUAUAAACCCUGCCAGUGAGGUUUCUGUGCAAUCCUGUUGUGUACUCAAGACUUGGUACACAUUUCUAUCCACCUCUCCAUACGCAUGCUUCCUCAUGGAAGCAGGGAGAGGACCCCCCCCCCCCCAGACGGGCAGCCGGCUGUGCCCGCUGCUGUGUAUUUACAUAUUCCCCCUUGGAGACAGACAGAUGGGACAGUGGACUGAACCACAGACAGAUUCGUAGAGAUCUGGCUCCAGGAACCAGGCGGCCUCUGGCCCAGCUCUGCCUGCCUGCUCUUUCUCCCAAACAAACGGAUCAGAGGAAUAAACGCUCAUAAAUACCUCUGGGUUUAGAUAAGAGCGAUGAGGCGCUAUUUCCUUUCAUGCUGGACUACAGGCGCCCAGGCCCUGCCUUUUCGGCUCCAUCUCCCGACAGGCAACCUGCAGAGGUGAGGUUAAUUUGGGGCUGUGACUCUCUCGAAGGAUAAGGGGAUCAUUUUCCUGCUUCUCUCACCGGGGAAUCUUACUUUGUCCAAACUCCACCGGCAAGCCUACACCAUCCAGUCCCAAGCCGUGGACAUAGUGGCCAGCGAGGGGACAGCGAGGGCUGGAACCCAUGGCCCAGCUUCAGUGGCAGGGAGGGGGGAGGUGCACACAGGCACUCGCUCACCUCGCCCGAAUGUUCCACGUGCCUCUGUGGGAAUGGGCCCAAUCAUAGCUAGAUUGGAACAUUUAUGAUGCUCCAGCAUUCGAGGGCUUGAGUUUGUUUUUCUUAAAUCUUGAUAAAACGACUGCAGAGUCAGGGUAGGAAGGGCUCACCACUUGGCCAUGAAGGGGCAACCUAGAUGUUGUCCUGAGUUCAGGAAGCCUUGUAGGCCAUUUUGCAACCAAACAAGUACCCACCCUUAGUCACCAACCUCAGCCCUCUGCCAUUUUCCCCUAGUGUCUUGUCCCACCUUUAGUGGGUAGAGCUGGCCCAUAGAAAGGAGCCCAGAGAGCAAGGUAGAGAGGAGGCGCAGCCUGGCCCCUCAUCAGCUUUUGCCCCACACCCUGGCCCAUGCCCAGCUCCAGGUCUGAAGGUGGUCCCCCUUGACAUCCUCUACGUGAAUAUUAGAAUUUUGAACACACACGGUGGCUGUCUUCCAGCCUGGCGUCAAUGUUCACUUUCUUCAGACGAGAGCCAGAGACCUGCACUCUCACACACGCAAGCUUGUACUGCAGCAAAGCGGGUGCUGCAAAAAUGAGAGGGGGGUGGGAGGGACGGUAGAGAUGCUGAGAGACAGAGGGUGGUGAGCAUCUGGAGAGGGGAUGUGGGCUGAUAGUUCUAAGCUGCCUGCUGAGACCCAAACCCUCUUCCCUCCUUAUACAACUAAACCAAAAUGAAGUCUGGGGAAAGAAUUAAUUUUAAAAAGAACGGCCAGCUUCUGGAGAGACUUGGAAAAGGUGUGAGGACCCCUCUCUUCCUGGUGGUCUCUAAUCGCCUCCACUAUCAGGAGGGUUUGAGGACCCCAACUUAGAGGAGGACCAAUUUCUCUCCUAUACCCUCUUUCUGAGACAACCUUGAUUCCUAAGCAUCUGUCGCCCAGGAUAUUUUCAUGUCUUUGUGGGGGUGAAGGUUGCAGGCAGGAUAAGUGAUCAGACAAACCCAGGCUGGGGGACGCCCCUCACGCCCCCUCUCUUUAUCCCUAAGUGGAGAGGACUAGACCCUCUCCCCAUCGCCCCUUCCUGUGCCCAGAGCAAGCGUGCACACUAGACCCAGGCGUGAUGUCUUGAGGAGCAGCCAUAGCGGCCCAGGAGGCUCCUAACCCAGCUGCAGAGCCAGGAGAAGGUUAAGCUCAGACCCUCCUCCCAUUUACCGGCCUUCGGGGUCCUCUGGGCAGCAGGCUCUGGCCUGCCUCUCAGACCACGAGAGCUGUGGAGAAGCAGGAAUCAUAAUCCCAGGCUUGGAAGAGAUAGAGUGGAUCUGAGAAACAAGGGGAAGAGGGUUGUCUUCAAAACCUGGGAAGGGGAUGGUUUCCUUUUCGCCUCUCUCUCUCUCUCUCUCUCUCUGAAGGGAUGCUAGUUAGCGGCGAACUCUUCUCCCCUUCGACCAACACAAACCCCUAGAAAUAAACCGCCUUUGGUUCUCUCCUGGCUGGCCUGAGAUGUGAGAUUCAGGGAUGGCUGCCCACCCUUCCCUUGGGGGGAAUGGGGCUCAAGCCACGCAGGGGUUAACUUUCCUGAAAACACAAUUAACUUUUUCCUAUCCUGAGUGGGGAGGGAGGGGGAGAUUUAUUUAAUCACUGGGGGAUGCGGUGGUCUCCACCAAAGCUCCCUCCUCCCGCACAGACGUCUCUCUCGCAGAUCCUACGUAGAGGGAACAGAACGCGUAGUGUUGUUGAGGGAGAGAGAGAGAGAGAAAGGAGAAGGAGAAGAAGGAGGGAAAAAAAAGGUUGAUAGGUUUGUGCGCGGGUCCCUCGCGCGGGCCGCGCUCCUCCUGGGUGCUAUUUGACAAUUCCUGCCUCUGCCAUUGGUCAGCGCCGGAUCAGAUGCUUGUAUUUCCUUCUGGCCCUCACUGGCACCUCGCCAUCCCCCCUCAGCGAAAACCCAAUCUCAGAUAUACUACUAAUAGGCGCGGCGCUCGGACUAUAAAACACAACAAAUCAUAAGCCCGGCGGAGCAGCAGCGGCCGCGCGCCUCCCUCCCAAUGAGUUCCUAUUUCGUGAACUCCACCUUCCCCGUCACUCUGGCCAGCGGGCAGGAGUCCUUCCUGGGCCAGCUCCCGCUCUACUCCUCCGGCUAUGCGGACCCGCUGCGGCACUACCCCGCGCCCUACGGGCCCGCGCCCGGCCAGGACAAGGGCUUUGCCGCCUCCUCCUACUACCCGCCGGCGGGCGGCGGCUACGGCCGAGCGGCGCCCUGCGACUACGGCCCGGCGCCCGCCUUCUACCGCGAGAAGGAGUCGGCCUGCGCGCUCUCCGGGGCCGACGAGCCGCCCCCCUUCCUCCCCGAGCCGCGCAAGUCCGACUGCGCGCAGGACAAGAGCGUGUUCGGCGAGCCCGACGAGCAGAAGUGCUCCACGCCCGUCUACCCGUGGAUGCAGCGGAUGAACUCGUGCAACAGUUCCUCCUUUGGGCCCAGCGGCCGGCGCGGCCGCCAGACCUACACGCGCUACCAGACCCUGGAGCUGGAGAAGGAGUUCCACUACAACCGCUACCUGACGCGGCGGCGGCGCAUCGAGAUCGCGCACGCCCUGUGCCUGACCGAGCGGCAGAUCAAGAUCUGGUUCCAGAACCGGCGCAUGAAGUGGAAAAAGGAGAGCAAACUGCUCAGCGCGGCUCAGCUCAGUGCGGAGGAGGAGGAGGAGAAGCCCGCGGAGUGAAGGCGCUGGGAAGGCCGGGGGCGCGAAGGGAGAGGCCUGUGGGCAGCCGAGGGCCUUGGAGCUCUGGAGAAGGCUCUGCGGGCGGGGGGCGCCUGGGGACCCGCUCCCCAGCACGAGACGGGCGGGGCCCAGGGCUCCCCGCGUCGCCCCCGCCCGCAGAGCUCUGGCGGGUGCCGGAAGGCGGUGCAGCCUGAGCCCACCCGGCCCCCCUCGGGCCCCC